UUAACAGCUGCUGCUGAAGAGAUAUUCGAGGUCGUUGAAAAAACUAUAGCAGAGUAUCAGGAGGAAGUUGUCCGUCUACAGAGGCUGCUCGACAUUGUUCUUCAACCUGAGAUAAAGCAAGACGGAGCAGGUUUGUAACUCAUUACGUUUGUCAAACUUACUCAACCUUCAUUUUAUGAAACAAAAGGAGCAAUGCCAAAGAUAGUUAUUUUUGAGCGGAAUGGUAACUAAAUCAGGUAGAUCUAAAUGUCAUAAUGCAGUGUUUCCCCUAUAUAAAUUUAGCAGUGGUGGCCCACCCCUGCUAAAUUGUUGCCACCGCUGAAAUUGUAUAUAUAUAUAUAUAUUGCCAGUCAAAAUUUUUGACACACCUACUCAUUCAAGGGUUAUUCUUUAUCUUUACAAAUGUUUUACAUUGUAGAAUAAUAGUGAAGACAUCAAAACUAUGAAAUAACACAUGGAAUCAUGUAGUAACCAAAAAAGUGUUAAACAAAUCUAAAUAUAUUUUAGAUUUGAGAUUCUUCAAAUAGCCACCCUUUUCCUUGAUGACAGCUUUGCACACUCUUGGCAUUCUCUCAACCAGCUUCAUGAGGUAGUCACCUGGAAUGCAUUACAAUUAACAGGUGUGCCUUCUUAAAAGUUAAUUUGUGGAAUUUCUUUCCUUCUUAAUGCGUUUGAGCCAAUCAGUUGUGUUGUCACAAGGUAGGGGUGGUAUACAGAAGAUAGCCCUAUUUGGUAAAAGACCAAGUCCAUAUUAUGGCAAGAACAGCUCAAAUAAGCAAAGAGAAACGACAGUCCAUCAUUACUUUAAGACAUGGAAGGUCAGUUAAUACAGAAAAUUUCAACAACUUUGAAAGUUUCUUCAAGUGCAGUCGCAAAAAACAUCAAGCGCUAUGAUGAAACUGGCUCUCGUGAGGACCGCCACAGGAAUGGAAGACCCAGAGUUACCUCUGCUGCAGAGGAUAAGUUCAUUAGAGUUACCAGCCUCAGAAAUUGCAGCCCAAAUAAAUGCUUCACAGAGUUCAAGUAACAGACACAUAUUAACAUCAACUGUUCAGAGGGGACUGUGUGAAUCAGGCCUUCAUGAUUGAAUUGCUGCAAAGAAACCACUACUAAAGGACACCAAUAAUAAGAAGAGACCUGCUUGUGCCAAGAAACACGAGCAAUGGACAUUAGACAGGUGGAAAUUUGCCCUUUGGUCUGGAGUCCAAAUUGGAGAUUUUUGGUUCCAACCGCUGUGUGGGUGAACGGAUGAUUUCCGCUAUGUGUAGUUACCACCAUAAAGCAUUAAGGAUGAGGUGUUAUGGUGUGGGGGUGCUUUGCUGGUGACACUGUCUGUGAUUUAUUUAGAAUUCAAGGCACACUUAACCAGCAUGGGUACCACAGCAUUCUGCAGCGAUACGCCUUCCCAUCUGGUUUGGGCUUAGUGGGACUAUCAUUUGUUUUUCAACAGGACAAUGACCCAACACACCUCCAGGCUGUGUAAGGGCUAUUUUAUCAAGGAGAGUGGUGGAGUGCUGCAUCAGAUGACCUGGCCUCCACAAUCCCCCGACCUCAACCAAAUUGAGAUGGUUUGGGAUGAGUCGGACGGCAGAGCGAAGAAAAGGCACCCAACAAGUGCUCAGCAUAUGUGGGAACUCCUUCAAGACUGUUGGAAAAGCAUUCCAGGUGAAGCUGGUUGAGAGAAUGCCAAGAGUGUGCAAAGCUGUCAUCAAGGCAAAGGGUGGCUAUUUGAAGAAUCUCAAAUGUUUUGGUUACUACAUGAUUCCAUAUGUGUUAUUUCAUAGUUGUGAUGUCUUCACUAUUAUUCUACAAUGUAGAAAAUAGUACAAAUAAAGAAAAACCCUUGAAUGAGUACGUGUCCAAACUUUUGACUGGUACUGUAUGUAUACACACACACACACACACACACUCUCCGGCCAGUUUAUUUGGUACACCCAUCUACUACCAGGUCAGACCCCCCUUUGCCUCCAGAACAUAAUUCUACAAAUUGUAGGAAACUUUCCACAAGGAUGUUGGUCCAUGCUGACGCGAUGGUAUCACACAGUUUCUGCAUAUUGGACGGCGGUACAUUCAUGCUGUGAACAGCCCGUUCCAUCUCAUCCCAAAGAUGCUCUAUUGGGUUGAGGUCUGGGGACUGCGCAGGCCACUCAAGUAAACUGAACUCGCUGUCAUAUCCCAGGCAAUGUUUUUCCACAAUUCAAUUGUCCAGUGUUGGUGAUCGUGUGCCCACUGGAGCCGCUUCUUCUUGUUUUUAGCUGAUAGGAGUGGAACCCGUUGUGGUCGUCUGCUGCAAUAACCAUCCGUGACAAUGAUCGACGAGUUGUGCGUUCCGAGAUGCCGUUCUGCAUACCACUGUGGUACUGCAUCGUUAUUUGUUUGUUUGUGGCCCGCCUGUUGGCUUGCACGAUUCUUGCCAUUCUCCUUCGAUCUCUCCCAUCAAUUAACUGUUUUUGCCCCGCUGACUGGUUUUUUUUUUUUGUCGCACCAUUCUCGGUAAACCCUAGACACUGUCGUGGGCGAAAAGCCCAGGAGAUUGGCCAGUUUCUGAGACAAUAGAUCCGGUGUGCCUGGCACCGACGAUCGUACCACGCUCAAAGUCGCUUAGGUCACGUGUUUUGCCCAUUCUAAUGUUAAAUCGAACAGUAACUGAAUGCCUCAAUGUCUGUUUGCCUGCGUUAUAUUGCAAGCCACGGCCACGUGACUCACUGUCUGUAGAAGUGAUCAAUUUUCAUGACCGGGGGGUGUACCUAAUAAACACGCUUUUAAAUGGAUAGUCGUUGGCUCAAUUAAUGGAAGUCUACGGGAACAGCUAGCAUGUCAUUGCGCUAACGCUAGCAGCAAUGCACCCCUCCACCCUACCCAUCAAACCCAAUUUUAUGUCAUAUUCGCCGAAUACAACCUGACCUUCUAGUACUCAUUUGUGACCGACAUAACACAUGGCUUGUCCUUGUUCUCUGUCCGCAUACAGCUUAUGAUUUCUCCAUACAUUUAAUUAAUCUUGUAUCACAAAUCAUCAUAACAAUUCCUAUUUUUCUUUCUAUUUGUUGUUGCAAAGAGAAUUCCAUUAAUAUAACAUUAAUUGAACAAAACAAACAAAACAUACAAAUGAAUUCCUAACAUCCUGACAUCAUUCCACAAAAUACAUUGAUUCAUGACACAUUCUAAGUUGCAUGGAAAUUAUAAUAUAUUCAAAUGAAUAUAUCCCAAUAAAAAUAACUUUAAUCUUCUUCAUCAAUGUUCAUUCAGAGGAACCCCAAGCUUUUCUCUGGUCACAUGGGGCGCUAUCUGAUCAACUGAGAUCUUCUUCUUUCCACAUCUUCAAUCCUGUAAACCUUAAAUUCCACACUAUACAGUUCCAACUUAACAUUCCACAUUCCUCAAUCAACAUUAUCCAUGAACUCUACAAUGGAAUAAGAUGAUAUAGAUGAAGAUUUAAUACUCUUAAUACCUUCCUGUAGAUCUCUAAUAUUUCCCAUAGCUUUACUUAAAUUCCCAAUACCUUACUAAUCCUGAUGUCAAGCAUGUACAACAUGAUUCUCCCCCUAUAAUCGCAUACAUUCCCCCUUAUCUACUAUAAUAGCAUCCAAUGCUAUGCGAUUAUCAAUUGCAUAGUUUCCAAUGAGUGAUAUUUCAAACCCAAUUGCUUGAAAACCCAUGAUAAUUACACUCUUCUCAUAAUAUGCAUGAGUAGAGAUACACAGUAAAACACUCAGUUUUCAGUCCCUGUUAAAUGAGUACACCCCUGAACUAUUUAUGAUCGAGAAAUUCAACCACAAUAUCUAUAUAAGACAGUUAUCUCAAUUGUACAAUCAAUAUCCUUCAUGCUGAAAAUAGUUAGUUACUAAUAUAUACUAAUGAUUUACUUAAAUCACUGUCAUCUUAUAUUAUAACCAAAACCAUAUUUAGAAUGACAAUUCUUAUUGAUUCACUUGGUCCUUAUCAAUCAAAAUUAAAACCCUCAACUUUAUCACCCAUUUCAACUGUCAGAAUGUACACUUAUAUUAACAUACAGUAUAAAUAUCCAUAAUUCUAUUAUGACCUUCCUCAUCCUGAUAAUAAAUACAGAUCAUCCUCUCAAUGCAUUAUUAAUACUAUUAAUUUAGCAGUGUAUAUACCUCCUAUUCACAUUAGCAAAUUUAGAUAAAUUCAAAUGUAUUAUCAACACAGCUAAGUAACCCCUUCUUUUUCCCGGCCCUUAGAUCUUCUGGCGUCUCUUCAUUAUGUUCUUCAGACAUCUUCAUAUUUCAAAAUGAAUUGCCCAUGACAAUAUCCCAACUUCAAUGUCUCAUCCAAGUCACCACCUACCCUACAACCUCCUUGUCUUGCCCAUUUGCCAACCAUUAUACCCACAACAUUACAAAUGUUGUAUAUGAACAUAUAUUUCUCCAUUCUCACUCAAUGGUGGACUCCUUUCCCACUCUCUUGAUAUAAAAACAUGAUACAAUCCGUUGAUUGCUUCAAUUGGCUGUUUUACCCCGGUUGCCUGUAGAAGUGGUGCUUUACAAAAACGUCUUCAACGCAUCUGAUGUUCAUCUUCAGCCAGUACAGAGGUUGUUUCUUUUUUAGAUUCACACCAUUCUAGGCCAAAUUAUCCCUGCUAUGCAUCAAGACACCAUCUGUAUUUACCUCACUAGAAGACAAAACAUAACAGUUCAAUUGAUUUCAUUUCUAAUCCAAGAAACCAUAUAAGCAUUGACUAUAUGACAAAUUAUUAUGUUAUACCAAUUAUUCUUAAUACCAAUUUCUAAUAUACUUCCCAAUUUCUGUUCACAUUGCUCUGUGUAGUGUGUCCUUCUUUCAGCGUACCAAUAGGGAAGGUGAGAUAGACUGCUGCAAACACAACACAAACACAAAAACAAUGCUCCACAGUGGCAAUACCAUCUUCCUCCUCUGAGUUAGAAUACUCUUACAGUGGGACACAUAGAUGUAUAAAUCUGUUUCUACUACUUUCCCCUCCAUCGAGGUAGUCAGCAACACCUAGUACUGACCUCUCCACCUAGAUUCUGUUCCGCUCUUACUUAUGUAAUCCUUUACUGCCACAUAGUCUCCAUGGUGCAUACAAUGUCCAGAUUCUCCUGUUAGGCUGGGCAGAGUUGCCUUCACCCUUUGAAACAAAUCUUCAGAACAUUGUUAGGUGAGGCACAGUAUGCUACUUUAUCCUGUCUUCAUAACAGUCAGUAGAAACUUUGACAUUAGAAAGUGCAAAUUUUUUCAGCUUGCUAUAGUCCACUAGUUUCAUAGACAUGCCUCCUCUACAUCCUGCCUUAUACCAUAACUACACCUUUACCUAAUAAAUGUAAUCUAACCCAUAACCCAUUGAUUACUACUUCUCAUAUUCUUAAAACAAUUUUGCAAAUGUACCAAUAAAUCCUCUUCUACGUCAAGACUAUAAGCUGGAGGCUGAAUAGAGGUCGCUAAUUGUGGAUAAAUGCCUUUAAUACUUUCAGAACCUUUAAUAGCCCCUUUGGAUUGAGCCUUUUCAGAAGGUAAAUUAUGUUGCUCCAUUGCCAAAUUACGUAACUUCCUAACAGAUCUUUCCUCCUUCCUCAUUAUAUUUACCGGCCAUUGUACACUCAUUAAAUCCCAUGCGGUAUACACCUCUUUCAUGUACUCUAAAUCCCAUUUCGGGUUGCUUAUGGCUGUAUUAUCAAUUAUAUAAUUACGUGCGACUUGUAAUUUAUCCCUUUUAAAACUACCAUCAAGAGGAUAGUUAUUAUCUGUCCAUGCUGAUAAAUCACUAAGAUAUGGUUCCACAUAGAAAACCCCAAAUGUAAUUAACAUCCAGUCACGUGGUGUUAGAUGUUCAAUGCUCUUAAAAUAUAUAUGUUUUAGAUGCGGAUUUGUCUGCAACAAUUUCAUCAUAACUUUUCGUUCCCUUCUAGGUAAAUCUAGCUCUGAUUUAUGCUUUGUUACUGUUUUGCCCGUAUUCGGUAUACUGAAUUGACUCCCCUUUGUCAUGUAUAUUAGUUUAUAGAAUAUUAGUAAUUAAAUGUUUGAAUCAAAUCUCCACCUCGAUCUUUAGUAAAAUAAAUACACAUUUUGUUUACCUAUGUCUAUCAUUACUGCUUAUGAUUCAAUAUAUUACAUUUCACUGGCCCCCUCUCCUGGCCGUUUUGAGUAAUUAACAAGGUACUAAGGCUCUCUACCGUUUAUGACGAUUUAUUACGUCAAAGGUCCGUAACCUGUUCCUUUUAUACCCAAUGUCUUUUAUAAUGUACUUUUACAUUAAGGGACUAAAUUCCCACUCUCUUUAUGAUGUACCUGUACAUCAAGGGUGCCUGCGCCCACUCAUUUUAUAAUGUACUGUUUUACAUUAAGGGAAAAAAAUCCACUCUCUUUAUGACGUACUUGACAUCAAGGGUGUCCUGCGCCCACUCGUUUGUCCUCUCUUGCCUUCACUCAGUAUUUUAAACACACCGUAAUUUUGAAUCAUAAGCACCAUGUCAUUGUCCAAUUUGAUAUUGUCCUUACAUCCGUUCUACACAUUUUACAUUUACAUUUUAGUCAUUUAGCAGACGCUCUUAUCCAGAGCGACUUACAGUUAGUGAGUGCAUACAUUAUUAAUUUUUAAUUUUUCAUACUGGCCCCCCGUGGGAAUCGAACCCACAACCCUGGCGUUGCAAACGCCAUGCUCUACCAACUGAGCUACAUCCCUACACAACUCAACACCACUCAUCAUCCCCCUUUUAAAAUAUAUAAUUUUAAACGUUCGUUACAGCUCAGCCUUACCACAGAUAAGCAGAAUUUGACAUAAUCCAAAAAAAUGAAAGUCUGCUUACCAGUUAGUUUGGCUGUGAACUGAAUCCUGUUCGUUUAUACGCCAAUCUGUUAUGAUGAGUUUCUGGUAUUGAGAAGUUCAGGAUGCAAGAGAGCAGUUGACACAGAUGGAGAUUGGAUUCAGUCAUUAUUUAAUGGUUACAAUGUUUGAUUCAAUGACAGCUGCACGUGCUUUGCCUCUUGCUAUCUGAAUGACUUCCAUAGACAUUCUCUCAGCUUAUAUACUGCCUUUCCUAUCUACUUUUAUCCCAUACACAGUUGCUAACCAUUAUUGAUUGCCACUCAUCCACCACCAUAUCAUCUACCUCCUUGGUGUAGUGUGGCACCCUAGCCAGGCCAUUCCAUCACGCACCCUUCCUAAGAUUAGCAACAGUGGCCCCCCCAAUCUAUCUUGGCACACGGACCUUCUAGUACUCAUUCGUGACCGACAUAACACAUGGCUUGUUCUCUGUCCACAUACAGCUUAUGAUUUCUCCAUACAUUAAUAAAUCUUGUAUCACAAAUCAUAACAGUAUGUGAAAGUGUAUCUAUGUGUGAGUGUGUGUGUGGCGUCAAUAUACAUGUGUGUGUCAGCGUAUGUAGUCUAAGUGUGUGUUGUAUGUGUGAGUGAGUGUGCAUAGAGCCAGUGCCAGAGAGUCACUCCUGAAAAAAAUCCUAGGAUAAACUUAGCAUAAUGUCAGCAUUGAGUUUAAUUCUUUCUCCAUUCCUCCAGACCUCCAGCAGCUCACUCUCUCUGUCUCUGAAGUGGAGGCUUCCCCUGAGCAGCAGCACUGUGAGCAGGAGUGGAGCCCCAGUUUGAGGCAUGAGGGGUACCCAGAGCCCACACAGGUCAAAGACGAACAUGGGGCCAGUCAGGAGGACGAGCAGCUUCAAGGGCUUGAGCAUGAUACCAAAGACUCCAUAUUCACUCCUGCCUGUGUGAAAAGUGUAUGUAAUGGGGAACCAACUCAGCGUUCACAUUUUUAUCAAGCCCAAAAGGAAGGAAAUGGAGACAGAGACACCCUACCCAAUACUACCACUGAACAGAUCAAAACAGAACCUGAUAGAGAGGACUACGGAGAAUCAGAACCAACCAGUGUCUUUCAGCCCCUCUCUGCAGUAAAUCCAGACUGUUCUGCAGCUCAGAGUGAAAACAGUGAAAGUGACAGUGGUAUGGAGACUGGCGGACCUCCGUCAUGUUUUAAGUCAGUCAAAUCAAAGGGAACAAAGAUGGUAAAAGGACAAAGCUCCCUUAUCAACACUAAGGAUAACAAAUUCACACAGUUGUCCCAUCUGAAAUCACCCAGGCAAGGUCAUGCUACUCCUGGUUGUUGUAAGGUGUGUGGCAAGUAUUUUCAUUACAUGGGUUUAUUAUUUAAACAUGUUCAAACUCAUACAAAUGAUAAAGAAACACUUUGUGGAGUGUGUGGAAAGCAUAUGGCGUCAACAGAAAGUAUGAAAGAUCACCUCCAAACUCACAUUGCAGCU